AUGUUUAGGUGGACUAUUCCCACUCUCACCCCGGAUCUGCGUCUUGGUGGCACCCGCCACUCAAUCCCGGCAAUCCAGAUGUCGAGGUCCAACAGCGGCCGGUCUGCAAGCAACACGACCGCGCAGCCGCCGAGUAACGCACUCGCUGCCAGCUACUGGAACUAUGGCCCUCCUUGGUUCCGUGGUGGAUACGUGCAGCAACAACCGUACCCUCGCCAGGUCCUGGAUAAGCCUGUACCGGAAUCUCUGUACGGUGGUGUUUGUUUGUAUGGUGAACCCUUCUUGUACGGCGGGAUACGCGAGAAGCCAUCCGUUCGUGGCUGCAGAAAGCUUGAAGACGUACUGGUGUAUGGCUUCGGUGGAGGCAACGCAGUUGACGAUUACCGUACCGGACCGGAAGGAUUUAGGGGCAGGAGACUGGGAUGA